AAUAUCGUUCUCAUUCGACUUGUCAAAGAACACGCAGGCACAGUCUCGGUCUCUGUGUACGUAGAUGACAUCUGUAUAUGGACCACGAGCUUAAUGCGCUUGCAAGUGCAAACGAGGCUGCAGCGCGCGUUGUCAAUAACGUCGACUUACCUUAACAGUCGCGGACUGCAGCUCUCACCGGAAAAAAGUGUAACCAUGGCAUUUACACGGAAGUCAAUGGCCUGCUACUCUCUUAUGAUUGAUAGGAAGAUUAUACCUUCGGUAACCCACUACAAGUUUCUCGGAGUCAUCAUCGACCGUGACUUCUCUGGAUUAAGAAAAAAGCUGGACAGCUUUACUCAGAUCAUUCGACAUAUGUCUGGAAAAUCAUGGGGGCCAUCCAAAUCACCUCUUCUGCAGCUCUACCAGGCACUUCUUGUUGGCUACUUCCGCUACAGUGCACCUGUACUUUCUCGAGUUAGUACAACUGCUGUACGCACACUUGAAAGUGCUCAGGCUCACGCACUGAGAAUUUGCCUAAGACUACCACGAUGUGCGUCUACUUGGGGCACUAUUGCAGAGGCACGUGCGUGCCCAGCUCAAGUUUAUCUGCAACAUGAGCCAUUGUGAGUACAUCUAAGACUACUGACUAGACACAGGAAUCAUCCACUCACGAACGUCACAAGCAUACGGCCUGUCGCCGCCUACUCAGAAGCCGUGUUGUCACAGCA